GCAGUCAGUCUGCCUCCAGCUGAUGAGCGUAUUGGCAGCUGCAUCGUUCCGCCCUGCUGAGUUAUUGGGAUUUGUUUGCUGCUUUUCCUGCUUUGUAUUGAAGCUGUGCCUGCAACACCUCUAUGGCGAGGGAAGCCACAGAGGAUGUUCUCGUCUUCAUCCAGGAACUCUCUGUUUUCGCCCUGGUCGUCAAUGGAGCAGUCAGACUCUGAACUGCUGGACAUCAGCACCAAAGUGCAGCUGCAUGGCGUGCUCUGGAAGAGGCCGUUCGGUCGGCCAUCAGCCAAGUGGUCGCGCAGAUUCUUCAUCAUCAAAGACAGCUUCUUGCUCUACUACGCAGAAAGUGAGAAGAGAAACUUUGAGACCAACAGGUACUUCAACAUUCACCCCAAGGGAGUCAUUCCUCUGGGAGGAUGUGUGGUGUCAGCAAAUGAAGACUUGGGGAUGCCCUUUGCCAUCAUCAUCAACCUUGAAGAUUUCUCUGGCACCAUAGUGCUGGCUGCUGAGUCUCAGGAGGAGCAGGUCCAGUGGAUGGAGAUGCUCCAGGAGUCAGGGAAAGUCACAUGGAAAAAUGCACAGCUGGGGGAAGCGAUGAUUGAAAGUCUGGAGGCUCAGGGCUUGCAGCUGGCCAAAGAGAAGCAAGAAUACCUGGAUAAACUGAUGGAAGAGACUGAGGAGCUUAGUCAUCAAAGAGCUCAGAGAGAGGAGCUGGAGCGUCUGAACCAGAUCCUGGAGGAGGAGAAACAGAAGUUUGAAGAAGUGGUCGUGGAGCUAAAGGCUGAGCAGGAGCAGAUCAAACUCGACCUGGAUGGUACAGCUCAGUCCCUGAAAGGUGUCGAGCGUGAAAAAGAAGAGCUGAGCAGCUUGACGGUCACACUGCAAAAAUCCCUCGAGGAGCUGUCCCAGGAGAAACAGCGAACGCUGCAGCUGCUGGGAGUAAAGGAGCAGGAGGAGAAGGAGGCGGAGGAGGAGAGCUCAGAAAAAAGCUGCAUGGAGUCUGAGGACGGUGACCUGCUGCAGGACCUGCAUCACAUUGAGGAGCAAAUGAAGAUCCUGCUGAAGGAGAAAGAGCAGGCUGAGGAUAAGCUCAGGGAGAAUGAGCAGCUGGCUGUAGUCCUGCAGCAGGAGAGGGAGUACUACUCGUCUCAGGCCCGGACACUGCAGCAUUCGCUCUCUCAGCUCAGUGUGGACAAGCAGCAGACUGAGGCUGAGCUCAAGGCAGAGAUAGAGUCGCGGAUGGAGCUGGAGAGGAGGCUAAAAGAGGCUGAAGAGGCUCUGCAGAACUUGGAGAAAGGCCUGAACUCACUGGAGCGUACCAAAGAGAGAGAUGAGAAGAUGAAGGGCGACGUCACGCAGCUGAGGAGGUUCUUUGAGGAGUGUAUCUGUGCAGCAGAAAUUGAGGCAAAGCUCCCAGCCAUAAUGAAGAAUGCAGUAUACCUUCACAAAGCUGCUGCGCGCAGAAUUAAGAGCUGCCGAAUCCAGAGGCGAGCUUCGAAGCGUCACUGGUUGAAACACUCCAAGUCGUUCGCUGUAGCCAACACUGACGGCAGCAGCAUCGAGGAGCUGAGGGAGACCGCCCGACGCCUGACCUCGGACAGCAGCUUCAGAGAGAGCGUGUACAAGAUCAUGGCUCGCAAGGAUGCCACAAACAUAACAGACGUCUGAGAGGAGCUAGAGUGUGGUAAAAGAAGAGAAACGGUCCUUAGCUUCACCUCAGUCUCAGAGUCACCCAGAGAUGCUGUUACCAAACCCAUCAUUAAGACACUGUAAAUGAAUGUGCACAGAAAUCUGUGUUAUUUGAAACCAUGACAAAGUUUUAGUUGAUCAGUCAAAAUUUAAAAGAGUAAAUAUAAGAGCACUUUUUCUGUUCUCUCAUGGUCUGAUGGCUUUGUUGUCUUUUUGACUCAACAGUUCUAGGAAUGUUAGGGCCAGUGGAGUUAAACUGGGAAAUAAAUUCCUAGCAGGGACAGAUGUCAAGAUUAGGCAAAUAAGAGCGACUGUGGAGUCUAAGGCGCCUAGGUGAAAAACAAGACUCCAAAGCAGCUGCUGAGUUUUGCUGUAUAGAGCUGUGGGGAUUUAUUUUAAUUUUUUCAUUAACAUAAAUUAUGUCUUUUGUUGACCAGAAGGAACUAAUCACAUAAGCUAAACUAGGAAUGCCACGUUUCCUACUCCUUUUCGGGUUUACUGUUAUUUAUUUUUAGCAAAACCUUCAAGAAAGCAUUAGUAAUAACCCUAUUUUAAAUUUCCAAAAGGUCAUUGGUUAAUUAUUAUCUGAAAUUUCUAUUUAUUAGGUGUUGUUGAUUGUAUCAGUUUAUUUACUAUAUAGUGCUAUCAGAAAAGAGUCAUAGUCACUCAUGGUCACUACACUAGUUUCUUUAAAAAGCCUACACUCUAUAGAUGUGAAAAAGUACGUAGAGAAUGUGUGAAUAUCCAUAUUUUCCGAAUUCUUGCAGUGGAAACAUCCUAAUAGCUGCUGAGUUUUAGUUCCUUAUGGUCAAGUUUCUGGAACCGUUUGACUGAAAAUGACCACGUGGAGCUUUCAGAUCUGAUUAAGCCACAUGUGAGUAUCCUUAAGCUAAACUUAAACCAAUGUAUUAACUAGUUACUUUUUAUGCUUAAAAACUAACAACACAAGAGUUUUUAAAACGAUUUACUGCCAAUCAGUGGUUCCCUGUGUCUUUGGUUUGUGGCCUCUUAUAGAAAACCUGUUGUUUAAUUUUAGUUGUAGGUCAAAUAGGUAAAUUUCCACAAAUGCACUAUAGCACUGAAUCUUUCUUCAGUCACUUCCCCUAAGAGGUGGCUGUGAAAACAAAAACAUGUAAUGAACAACACACAUUAAAAGGUCUUUACCCCGCCAGCUCCUUAGUACAAAGUCUGGGUCAUCGUUGAUCAUGGCAGUUUGCACCAAUCUGGGAGCAGCUGCCGGUGAUACUCAGGGGAAUCCACAUGGAGUGUGUUGUUGUCCUGUGUCCUGCUUCUUGCACCCUAUAGUAAGGUAGCAUCCUUGUUAAUCCACACAUGAGAUCUUCGUCUGUAUGGCACAUGUGAGGGGAAAAAAAGUAGGACAAUGACCUAACCUGAUUUCAACUGAGACUUUAACCGAGAAAACUACUUUAGGUUCAAAGAGAAAGAAUUGUCUGACAUCUCUGAGUUCAAAGCUCAGAAUUAAAAAAAAAAAGAAGUAGGAACUUAUUUCUUAGACUUUCCACGCCAUUAGUUUUCUCAGGACCUGUCAGAUUGAUUUUUUCCACCCCCUGCAGGGACCUGACCACUAGUUUUGGAACCACCUGUAAUUAAUAAACCUUGCCGUAUUAAAAAGGUUAAAAAAAAGACAAAAGAAAAAUGAUGCAAAAUAUAAAUUACACUUACUGUUAA